AUGGUAAUUGGCUUACCAAAGAUGAACAUUCCAGAAACAGUGUGCAAGGAGUGUGUUCAAUGCAAACAGACUAGGGGUGUUUUUCAAAAAUUUCUACGACAGAAAUCUGCAAGGAAGCUUGAGGUGAUCUAUUCAGAUGUGUGUGGUCCUAUACAAGUUGAAACACUUGGAAGCAGCAGGUAUUUCUUAUUGUUCAUUGAUGAUUGGACUGGAAAAUGUUGGGUAUAUUUGUUAAAAAGAAAGGGGGAGGUGUUACAUAUGUUUCAGAAAUUUAAAAAUGUUGUUGAAAGGGAAAGAAAGAAGAAGCUGAAAGUCUUGAGAACAGAUGGAGGAGGAGAGUAUACCUCCACUGAUUUCAAAUACUACUGUGAAAGAGAGGGAAUAGUUCAUGAAGUCACCCCUCCUUACACACUACAACACAAUGGGGCAGCAGAGAGAAAGAAUAGAACCAUAUUGAAUAUGGUUAGGCGCAUGCUGAAGAGUAAAGGGAUGCCUAGUUUUCUAUGGGGUGAGGUUGUGCUGAUAGCCACCUACAUCCUGAAUCUAUCUCCAACAAAGAGACUGGAUGGUAUAACACCGAAGGAGGCCUGGACAGGAGUGAAACCAGAUGUCAAAUAUCUGAAAAUUUUUGGUUCUCUAUGCUACAGACACGUACCUGAUCAAUUGAGGAAGAAACUAGAUGAUAAAGGGGUUUCAUUGAUUCUGUGGGAUUCAAGUGAAAAAGAAGGACCAACCAUUGUGUUGGAGGAUCCAACAGUGGAGGCAGAUGCAUGCAAGAGGGAGGAGAGAAUUAGAAGAUCAUCUAGAAUCACUCAGCUGCCAACACACCUGAGAGAUUAUGAUCUAGCCUAUGAUGCAACCAUUUCAUCAGAAGGUAAUUUUGUUCACUAUGCCUUAAUAGCAGAAGUUGAACCAGUGGAGUUUGAUCAAGCAAUAAGGGAUAAAAGGUGGUACAAGGCUAUAUACAAGGCCAGAUUGGUGGCUAAAGGGUUCUUACAGCAGGCUGGAAUAGACUAUGGAGAGGUGUUUGCACCUGUUAAUCUCUUUGAUGUAAAGUAUGCAUUCUUGAAUGACAACCUUGAAGAGGAAGUUUAUGUUGUUCACCCUCAGGGAUUUGAAGAUAAGAGACAUCCAGACAAAGUGUACAGAUUGAAGAAGGCUCUAUAUGGGCUCAAACAGGCUCCAAAGGCCUGGAAUCAGAGAAUAGAUGGGUUUAUGAGCAGUAUUGGGUUUGAGAAGUGUGCUUCUGAACAUGGAGUGUAUGUUCAGGGCUGUCAGCGUAAUGGGAGAGAAGAGAAGCUGAUAGUGUGUUUGUAUGUGGAUGAUCUGCUAAUCACAAGAAGUAGUGAGGAGAAAAUCAUUGAUCUCAAGGUUCAAAUGUUACAGGAAUUUGAAAUAAGUGAUUUGGGGCGAUUAAGUUACUUCCUUGGAAUAGAAUUUACCAAAACUGAUGGUGGAAUAUUGAUGCAUCAGUCCAGAUAUGCAUUAGACAUGUUAACUAAGUUUGACAUGCUUCAUUGCAACUCUGCAAACACUCCAGCAGAGAUGAAUUUGAAGCUUGAAAAAGACCCUGAAGAAGAAGUUGUUGAUCCUACUGAAUACAGGAAGAUGGUUGGAAGCCUAAGGUAUCUAUGUAAUACUAGGCCAGACAUCAGCUGCAAUGUAGGUUUGAUUAGCAGGUUUAUGAAGAAUCCAAGAAUUUCGCACUUGAAUGUUGUUAAACGAAUCCUGAGAUACUUAAAAGGUACAUACAACCUUGGAUUAUUGUUGCCACAAGGAGAACCAGAAGGAGAGGUACGAAUCAAUGCCUACUCAGACUCAGAUUGA